AUGGAAGAAGGAGUAUUUUUGAACAAGUUCCUGGAUAACAAGCCUAAGGGUUUUCUUAUUGAUGAUAGGGACGAUAUUGAUGAUAGUGACGAUAUUGAUGUGAGUGACGAUAUCGACCGUGACCUUGAUACGGAGCUGGAGCUUCUAACUAGGAUGAAUGCACUAACUAUGGAUAUGAUGCCGGAAAUAGACCGAUUUUAUAUCACCCUUCAAUUCGAAUUAGCAAAAGCAAUGUCUCCUUGCAUAAUAUGGAUUCCAAACAUUCAUAACCCGUCAUCCCUACCUAUUACUUCACCUCUGAGCAAUACAAUAACAAGAGAUCAAUUGAGAUCAAUUAAAAUUAGACAUACCUAA